AUGGACGAAAAUUUGAACACAGAUAAAACAUUCAAACAUACACGUAUGUCUAUGGAUGGAAAAGUAACAACGCAUAAUAGUAGAAGCAAUGUGAAUGACAAUUUGAGUAGUACAAACCCAGCAGUUAUCACGUCGAUAAAUAGCAGUAUGAAUAACGGGUUGAGCAGCGGGUUCAAUGGAAGCAUGAACAAUGGAUUAAGUAAUGGUUUUAUAAAUCCAUUGAAUUCUGGGAUAAGCAGUAGUAUAAACAAUCACAAUAUUAUACGAACCAACAGCAUGAAUGGAAUGAGCAAUACACAUAGCAAAGGAAAUGAUAAUAAAGUGAGCAACAAUCACAGCUUAGGAAAUAAUAAUAGCACACACAAAGGGGUAUUGAAAGGAUCCUUAAAGAAUGAAUCACGUAUGCUGACCAAUAAUUUAGUAAACAAUGUAGUUAAUAGUGUUGUUAAUACCUUAUCUAAUGGAACUGUUACAAAUAAUACAAGAGGUGGGAAUGAUGUUGAUGCAUUAAUAAAAGGGACAAAUGAACCUGGAAAAACCGGUGGUGAAGUAGUAAUAAAGAGAAAGGUAGGAAGACCCAGAGGAACUACUACGGCAAACAAAGUUGUAAAAAAAGAAGAAAAGGUUUCGACAUCAUCAUCGGGUUAUCCAGGGGUUAGUUGGAAUAAACGUAUGUGUGCAUGGCUAGCUUUUUUCUAUGAUGGUGCAUCUAGAAGAAGUCGAACAUUCCAUCCAAAACAUUUUGAGAUGGAUAAAGAAAAAGCUAGACUAGCAGCAGUUGAAUUUAUGAAAUCAUUAGAGAAUAAUGGAAGGAAAAAAUCAACAAAAAAUAAAGCGGGAAGAAAUAAAAAUAAACAGAUGAACAACGAAGAAGAAACUAAUGCAAUACACAAUAAAAAUGAUAUCGCAAAUAGUUUAAGUAGUAGAAAUCCAAGUACUAGUAAUCAUAUCCCAAUGCAUCUAAUGUCCAUGAAUCACAGAUUCUAUAUGCAAAAUAUGAAUAGAAAUUUUAAUCUCACAAAUAUGAGCGCACCAAAUGAAAGAAUUACUAUCAAUAAUGUAUACAAUUCGUUAAGUGAUAAUUCGAAUUUAGGUAACAUGUCGAAAAGUAUGCAAAAUCAAAAUCAUAUGUAUAUGCACAACAAUAAUACUUCUGCACCCAUGUUUGGUGGAAGUAAUAGCAUGCAUAUGUUGAGUAACCCCAACAGUAAUGUCAAUGGCAAUGGUUGCAAUUCUAGUAAUAACAAUAAUAGUAAUGGAAACAAUGGAAAUAAUAUGAGUAAUAAUAAUAUACACUACUUAAAUGAUUUAAUGUUUCAUUCGAAUGUUUUGCAACCAUCAGGAGCAGGUAGUGGUGUUACUCCAGAUGGAACAAUAAGUGCAGCAGGAGGAGGAAGAGGAGGAAAUGGAAAUAAUUCUCCAACCAUAGGAAGUGCAAAUUAUAAUGAAUUAAGUAUGAACAGCAAUCAUACGCCAAGUGAACUUUUAAAAUUGGAAGAAAAUUUAGGAUUACAUAAUAAAGAAGCUGAAAAUAUAAUGAAUGCAUUUUUUAGACAAAAUUAUAACAUGAAUAUUAAUAUGGAAAAACAUCAUCAUUACCUACACAAUACCAGUGCAAAGAAUAAUAGCACUUCUCAGGGAACCAUGAAGCCUUCAGUAAAUAAUACAACUAACGGUGCAGGUGUGAACGGUACUAGCAGUAUGAAUAAUGCAACAAGUGCUGGUGUUGGCAGUGUUGUCGGUGUUGGCAAUUCUGUGAACAAUCAUGUAAGCAACAACUCGAGCAACCCAAUGAACAAUAGCAUGUCAGCGAAUGCACAUUUAUAUCUUCCAAAUCAUGGUGUUAAUGAUGUGUUUGAGAGUAAUAACGAAUCAAACAAUAUUUCGAACAUGUCAAAUAUGACAAAUAUGUCAAGUAUACCAAGUAUGCCAAGUAUGCGAACGAAUAAUGUAACGGGAAGCAUGCCAAGUAGUGUGCCGGUCAACUAUUAUGAUUACAAUUUUGACAUAUACAGAGGAAGCAGUAUAUCUCCACACCUAAUUGAAAUCGUACAUCAACUGAAUAAUGAUUUGGAGGAUAGCAGAAACAAGGCCGGAGAGAACCUAAAUGAAAAUGUUGAUGAAGUAAAAUUAUGCAUGCAUGAUAACGUAUCAUGGAUUAAUCAGUUAAAGCACUCGAAUAAUAAUUUGUGCAACAAUUUAAGUAAUGAUCAUUGUGAUUUAUGCAAUACUAGUAAUUCUUCACCUGAGCAUAGUAAUAAUAAUAAUGUAAUAAAGCAGUUAGAAAUGAAUAAACGAAAAAAAGGAACCAAUAACGUGCUUACACAUUCAAAUCUGAAGACUGAAUUUGUAGAUUCCAUUGCCACACCUGGCACUCAUAGUGCAGUACCGGCUCCGGGUUCUACAACCCAGGUUAGCAAAAGCAAUAGCAAUGGAAGUGGAAACUAUGGUGGCACAGCCAACAGCAGCAACAGUGGAGGAGGAGUAGGAGGAGGAAGUAAUUACAUUGUGGAUAAAAGCAAUGUGAAUACAAAUUUUGAAAUGAACAACAAUAACAUACCAUGUAAUUGCGCACCUAAUUUGAGAAACCAGAAAAAACAUUAUUGCAUGUAUUACGGAGGAACAAAUCCGAAUGCACCUAGUAAUGAUAGUAGUUAUAACUUUAUGGCACCAUGGAAUCGGAACAAUUCGAAUUCUAGUAACAACAUAAUUAAUGGUAUGGACAUAGAUCAAAAUAAUGAAAAUUUAAUGGAUAAUCUUCAUCUCCCUGCUAAUGGUGGUACUAGUACGAAUAAUAGUAAUCGAAAUUUAACAGAAUCGAACAAACUUGUCCUUUGUGUGCCAUCAAGUAAUAAUCAAAACAAUGCUCUUUCACAAAAUGCAAAUAAUUUAUCUAUCAAUCUUGAUAUUAAUCCGAAUGAGCAAAGUGCUGCUGCCUAUUCUUCUUCGUCUGCUCCCUUUUCUGGUACAACUAAUAUACAGGAUAUUCAAAAGCAGAUGCAUUUUCAAAAUCAACAAAAUAAUGGUACUCUACCGCAAGAUAUCCAUAAUAAUACAUUACACAUGGUAAAGCAGAGAAAUAAUUUUUCGCAAAAAACUGUAACCAACAUUAAUAACAGUACUAUUACCCAAAAUAGCAACAUGAGUGCAGCAGGAGGAGGAGUAGGAGGAGGAAGAGGUAGUGAAAUUGGAGGAAGUAGUAGUACCAGUAGCAAUGAAAACUUAACAACAACAUCGCAUAAAAAAAGGGGAACACAGGAUGGAAACAUGAAAAAUGCAAUCCCAUCAGCAGCUGGAUCUUCACAUUCCAUGAACACGCAAAAAACGCAAAAUUCAAAAAAAAAUUCGGCAAAUUCGAAUUUUAUUGAAAAUAAUAAUCUGUGCUCAAAGUUGAAUAGCAUAAUAAAUUUUGAAUGGCUCGAUUCUGACAUGAACUUACAUCAGAAUGGAAAUAAUCAAAGUCCAUAUGAAAAUGAUGACACAUGA